CUCUUCCCACCUCGGAUGUCCCUGUUCGCCAGUUAUGCUCCCAUCAGUGCGGAACCGCGCGUUCUACUUCGCGUCCUCUUGCUGCCUCCCGUACUUAUGACAACAUGGCGGCUCAAACGGACCGCGGUAUCCCGCUGAGCACGCUUUCUCCCAGGUUUCUUCAUACCAACUCCACCAGCCACACCUGGCCCUUCAGUGCCAUUGCUGAGCUCAUAGACAAUGCCUAUGAUCCAGAUGUCAGUGCCAAACAGUUCUGGAUUGAUAACACUGUGGUCAGAGGACAACAAUGCCUCAGCUUUAUGGAUAAUGGAAAUGGACUGGACUCUGAAACUAUGCAUAAGAUGCUCAGCUUUGGGUACAGUGAUAAGACUGCUGUAAACGGUGUAGCACCAAUAGGUAUCUACGGCAACGGCUUCAAGUCGGGAUCCAUGCGUCUUGGCAGAGACGCCAUCGUCUUUUCCAAGUCGAAGAGCACUUCAUGUGUCGGGAUGCUCUCUCAGACCUACCUGGAAAAGAUCAGCGCUAACCAAAUAAUUGUACCAAUUGUCAGCUUUGAACAGACAAAAAACAGCAAGAUCUCUGUACGAGAGGAGUACAAAGCCAGUCUGCAGGACAUCCUGCUCCAUUCCCCUUUCAAAACACAGGAGGAGCUCCUCACUGAGCUCAGUGCCAUCACUCCCCCCUGGUCCACAGGAAAAACCGGCACACGGAUCAUCAUCUGGAAUCUCCGCAGGACAUCUACUGGAACAGUAGAGUUUGAUUUUGAGAAUGACCGUUACGAUAUCCGAAUUCCAUCUGAUGUCACCGAGGCAGUGAACGACUUUCCUCAACAUCAGAUCACAUCACACAUCCCUAGGAGUCUUAACUCGCUGCGGACAUAUUGCAGUAUUCUGUACCUGAAGCCUCGGAUGCAGGUCAUCAUACGUGGUCAAAAGGUGAAAUCUCAGCUCAUCAAUAAGAGUCUGGCUUGCAUCAGAAAGGACCACUACAAGCCGACUUUCCUGAACAAACGCAUUCCUAUCACUUUCGGGUAUAACACCAACAGUAAAGACCAGUAUGGUAUUAUGAUGUACCACAAGAAUCGUCUCAUCAGAGCCUACGAACGUGUGGGCUGCCAGCUUAAGGCCAACAGCCAAGCCGUUGGUGUCAUUGGGGUGAUAGAGUGUAACUUUCUGGAUCCUACACACAACAAACAGAGCUUUAUGGAGAACGAUAAGUACAGGAAAACUAUGACCAAUUUGGGGAUCAAACUGGAGGAGUACUGGAAAGAAAUCCGCUACAGGAGGAACAGAGACAAUCCAAACAGCACCACACCAGUGGAAGAUACCAUGAAGCGACCAGAUCAAAACUGGGUGCAGUGUGAUGACUGUUUGCAGUGGCGCAAACUCCCCGAUGGGAUUGACUGCAGCAAGCUGCCAGAUAAAUGGUUCUGUCAUAUGAACCCUGAUCCUCAGUUCAGGAGCUGCAUGGUAGAGGAGGAACCUGAGGACUCUGAUGUUGACCAGCCUUCAUACUGCAAGACCUAUAAACAACAAGAGAAGGAGGACAAAAAGCAGCAAAAGAAGAAAAAAGAAAAAGACGAGGAGGAUCAAAAGCUUCAGGAAGAGCAGCGUCUGGCUAAUCUUGCCAAGCAGAACAAGGUUCUUAGACUGCAGCAGGAAGACCUGAAACAGCAGCUGCGUCAAACAACUGUCCUUUCCCCCCGGACUCCAACUACCCCAGGGAAUAAGUUUAAAACCCAGUCACUACUGGGGGUUGCUGUGAGAGCGGCAUCCUCUCCAGUAAUGUCCUCCACCAUUUCACAAGCUGCUUGCAGCCCUUCCAGUAGCAGUUAUCCAGUUAUUUCUAAUGUAUGCUCUCUGUCAGCAGGUCCCCAGAGGGGGAAAAGAACACAGCCUGUUAGUCCACAAACAACACCCAAAAGACCUCGAGUAAAUGGCUUCCAUAGGAGCACUUCAGAUAUCCCCUCAUCAGCGGAUGUGAGCCCACUGUGCUCCCCAUCGGUGCACGUUGAUACUGAUGAUGAGGAUGAUACUGAUGACACUGAUGAUGACAUUUUUAUCUUGGAGACUGCCAGUACGCCCAAGCCAAAAAAGCCAUGCUUUGAUUUGACUAAAGUGAAGACAGAGGAAGAGCCAAGUGAUGCGAAUGUCUGCAUGCUGUUGGAGUGUGGCAAUGAUGCCGCUGUGGAUGCCGCCUCAGAGACGAAUGCCGCGAAAACAAGCUCUACAGGGUCGGCAGCUGUGGGUACCCGCCCCCCCUCAGCACCUCUUCCAGAGCUGGCCAGCACUGCCACCCAGACAGAAGUACCCAAAGUGAAGAAGGAAAAGGAGGACCAAAAUAAAGCUGAAGGGGACAGGAGAGCAGGGCAGAGUACAUCUAAUAAGAAUGGUAAAGAACAGAGUCAACACAUGGACAUUGAGGUCUGCAGCACUGAUCAAAGAGUAAUUAAGCAAGAGAACGGGGGAGACACUCAAAUUGACCAUCAAGAAAACCAUUCCCUGCUGAACAGAGUGACACAUCAUCUUGAAAGUGACAAAGCUGCAGGACCUUCCUGUGCAGACGCCUGUGAUACAAAAUACUCUCCACUUCUCCACCCCGGUAUUACUGAGGUAAGGGAACAACACGACCAGCUCCUUGACCUCAUGCAGGCAACAGCUCAGGAAAGAGACUCCUAUAAAGAGCAGGUUGAUAAACUUACCUGCCAGCUGCAAGACCUGCAAAGCAGACUGCAGGAGCUGUCUCAGAUCAAUAUGAAGGAGUGCUCUCACAAGGCCUGCCAGACAGAGGUGGGGGAGGACUACAAAAGUCUGUUUGAGAAGGCCAAACAGAAAAUCAAUGAACUGAUUAAGGACAAAAAGGCUUUACUGGCAGCUACUGAGACCAGGACCAGUACUGUUCAAGGUGAGGAAAAGGACGCUGAUGAGAUUGCACUGCAAGUGCCUCUUGAUCAAAGAAACAAGGAGAAGGAGGAACUGCGCUCACAGUUGGACAGUCUGGAGGAGGAAAGGGCCACACUGGCAGCCCAGUAUGAAGAGCUCAGGUUGAGCCUGCAGCAGCAGAGGGAAAAUGCACAAGAAGGAAGCACAAGUCCACAAAGAGCCAGCGAUUCCUUCUGCAUGAGCGAUACAGAGGAGGCAGAAGGGACAGCAAUCUCUGGCACAGAUUCAAGCUCAGAUACAUUCAGAAGGUUAAACUGUUGUAAAAUCACUCCCCUUACAUGUUGUAUGAAAUGUCACAGAAGUAUCACUCUUACAAAGCCAUUUAUGGCAACACAGCAGAUCAAUGGUCUAAAUCUGAGUUUCCCUCUCUGUAUUUGUCCCCCUUUCAUCUCCCUUUCCCUAAGUUUGCUUGAGCUUCGGCAGAACAUUGGGCGCCUUCUCGUCACCUUCGUGCCUGCUCUGGACCUGGGCCGAGUGAAUUAUAAGUUAAAUGUAAUUGAUGAGAUCCCACUCUGAUGUGGAGUUUGUUGGAGCAUUGGGGCAGAGGGACAGGGCACAAAAUGAAUGAAAAAAAAUCAUCAAAUCCUAGACUGAGGUACCGCAUUACACCUGUAAAUACUUAAUACAGAUUCCUAUGAGUGUGAAAAAAUUUAAGUCAUAUUAAUAUAAAAGUAUGUACAGGUUUACAGAUUUCACUGUAUAUUGAUGUAUAGUAUAUGCAAAACCCUAUGACCUGCUUUGCAUUGUUUCUUUCAAAAAAAAAAAAAAAGCAAUAUAACACUAAAAU